GAUGAAGACGAAAUGGAUUACGAUGCUCUCAUUAAAAAGCUGGGAACUUUUGGUCCUUACCAGAAGCGUCUGUUUUUUAUUGUUUUCUUUCCAGUCAUAUUUAAUUCCUUUGGUACGCCAGUUUCAAACUUUUUACUUGGAGACCAACUGUAUAGGUGCAAAAUCCCAGGUUUACAGAACGAUACUUAUGCAGUUCAGAAUCAGUAUCAUGAUGAAGUCAUCAAUGCGACAAUCCCUAAGCGUCCAGAUGGCAGCUACGAUGAAUGUAAAAUCUUGGUUAAUGGAACGAUUGAAAAGUGCUCCGAAUGGGUGUAUGACCAAUCAGUUUUCACAAAAACAGUUAACUCGCAGUUUAAUCUGGUUUGUGACAACGAAAUCUUACACUCACUGUCCAUUUCUGCAUACUUCUUUGGCUAUGUCUUUGCCACCGUUACUUUGUGCCCGCUGGCCGAUGUGAUUGGAAGACGUAAGAUGGUGAUUUUCGCCACUACCCUACAGUUUGUCGUUAAUAUAAUCAUGCCUUUCUCGUACAAUGUGUUAAUGUUUAUCAUUCUUCGAUUCUUUGAUGGCACCUGUGGUUUAGCGUAUUAUCAUGGAGCCUUUAUAAUCGGAAUGGAAAUGGUUGGGCCAUCAAAAAGACUGUUUUCUGGGACGAUGAUUUUAGAGGUGUACGUCUUUGGGGAGUUUCUGCUGUUAAUUUUUGCGUACUUUAUAAGAGACUGGCGAUGGUUACAACUGGCAUUGGCUGUUCCGAUGGUUUCUACAGUAUGUUAUUGGUGGCCUCAGGUCCUUCCAGAAUCCCCCCGCUGGCUUCUAUCACGAGGAAGAAACACAGAUGCCGUUAAGAUAUUAAGGAAAGCAGCCAAAAGCAACAAUACAGAGUUCGAAGAUUUACCGAGUGACUUUAAGCUGGAAGAAGAAGACAGGGGUGUACGUGAGAUCUUGAGAGAACUGUUUCACUCUAGAAAGCUCCUCAUAAGAUGGAUAAUCAUUUUCUGCAACUGGUUUAUCAUAUCGUUCAUUUAUUACGGAUUAACUCUUCAUAUUGGGAAGUUAGGAGGCGACUUGUACAUUAAUUUUGCCAUAUCCUGCAUAAUGGAAUUCAUUGGCUACUUCCUGUGUAUAUUUAUGGACAGAACAGGACGAAAACCCAUGCAUCUUACUGUGAUGUUUCUUAGUGGAACUGCGUGUUUGGCUUCUGUGUUUCCUGUCUUAUUUGGAGAUGAAUCUCACAACUGGAUAAUGAUAGCGUUGUCCAUGAUCGGGAAGCUUGGAAUAUCAGCAGGAUUCGGUGAGAUUUUUAUCUACACAGGAGAACUGUUUCCAACAGUCGUCCGGAGUUUGGUAAUGGGAAUUUGUAGUUGUGGGGCUAGAAUAGGUUCCAACAUUUCGCCUUAUAUGUACCAACUUACGGAUGGUAAAAUGCAUACAGCUCUACCAUUGUUAAUUUACGGCAUCAUCACCAUUAUUGUGGCUCUCCUUUCGAUAACACUACCGGAAACGAAAAAGAGGAAACUGUUGGAGCAGGUGGAAGACGCGGAGCAUGAAGAGGAUUUAGCAACAGAAAGCGAGAUUUCCGAGAAUGAAGAGAAACCGUACGUACCCCGGGCUGUUGAAGAUAACGAUAGCGAAUAUAUGAAGUUGACAGAGACCAGUAAUGGACAUCACAAAGAUGUACUAUAACGUGCUGGACAUAAGCGAUACUAUUUGGAGAUGCACUUUGCAGCUGUUUAGGACCUUAAGGACGUGUUCGACUUAUUUUCUUAUAAUCUUUAUCUUAUAUAUUUAAUUUGCUUUGUUAAGUUUUGAUGGAAAAAAUAUAGCUAAUUUCCAUGUAAUUUAUUGUACAGGUAUAUGUGUAAUUUCGUAUUUUUUUUUUUUCGCAAUAAUAAAUAUAUUUUACCUAA